CCUCUGCUCGGUCUCUACCGAUGUGGCUCGCAAGUUAAUACAACUGACUCUGUUAGGCCCAAUACUCGGGCACCCGACAAAUGGCAAACAAUUAUUCCAGAACCAUAACUAUACUCACAACGACGCCGGCUGUUCACAGUCGUCGCAGCCAGAAUGGAUACUCAGCCUUUCAACACGGGCAUCCCGUCUCAACUCUGCUCAGCUUUGCCCGGAGCAGUCUCGCUGAAACGCCGUGCCCUGGCCCAUACAACGGUAUGCAUGACGGCAAGCUCGCGAAUACACAACCCCGGGGUUGCCUCUGCUGCUUCUUCUACCUCAUACAUGGCCAGUACACCCUCUUUUGCAUUGAUUGUCCCUCCAUUUAUGCCAUUCGACGGUUCGGCCGAACACAGGGUGGAUGGCAAGCAGUAUCAUCGAAACGAAGAGUGACGCCGCGUCUGCGGAGUAUUCGUACAGUGCCACACUGCCACUGCGACGAGUGCCACCUUACAGCUCCCUCCCUAAGCAUUGCCCGAACAUCGCAAGGGACCAAUGGACCGACCUACAGACCACCAGCACCGCUGCACCAGCCUCCGGAAACAACUCCAAGGGAUGCGUCGACAAACGCUCCCGGAUCAGACGGCAGGUCUUGGCCAACACGACCCAAAAAAGGGCUCAGUCAAAUUUGAUCGCCUCCCACAUCCGGAAGACGCAGCAUUUCGCUUCUCCACGACCAAUUUGCUCGGCGGGGUGGACGCUGGUGGGUGCUAGAUGCCGACAAAGAAAUGACGGUGGGUUCACAAGUCGUGCGACCAGCCUACACCAGGAAUGCCAUGGCUGUUGGUCUGGGUAAACGCUCUGUGUCACC